AUGGAAGACUCUUAUGGCGUCAAGAGGAGAGACACCACAAAGGGCCCCCCUUUGCGCGUGCUUUCCUUAGACGGUGGUGGCGUUCGCGGGUACUCGAUGCUCAUCAUCAUUCAGGAACUGAUGCACAGGACCUUUGUCGAAAUAGAAGGGCGCGCGCCACGAAGACACGAGAUCCCGAAACCAUGCGACCAUUUCGAUCUUAUUGUCGGAACAGGGACAGGCGGUCUCAUCGCGCUAAUGCUCGGCCGGUUGCGACUCGACCUCGAGACAUGUAAGGAGCUGUACGUGCGCCUCACGCGCAUGGUCUUCCAAACGGACAAAACGAUUGCAGGAAUUCCGUACCGUUCAACACUGUUCAAGGCCAGCAAACUCGAAGAGGCGAUUCGGGCGUGUAUCCGGGAACAUACAGUUUACGAAAAGGAGGGCAACGACGGCCUUGAGCCUACGCUGUCCAACCCACUGAGUGCAACGUCUCGUUCGAGUGCUGCGGGUGGUCCGAGGCGGCAUACGAGUAACGCCAGCACUGUGAGCUUCAGUGCGAGGAGUCCCGCAGCGCAGAUGCAGGAGCCGGUGUGGAGGAACUCGUCACAUGGCGACGCCAAUGCGAGGCUCUACGAUGCUCGCGACAGCAGGACUAAAACAGUUGUAACUGCGGUGUACAAGGGCUCACCUCGAGGCGCCCCGCCUGCCAUGCUUCGCUCUUACGAUUCGCGCAAGGAGCCAGCGCCCGAGUUCGACUGCAAAAUCUGGCAAGCUGGCCGUGCGACCUGCGCUAUAGGUCUCGCAUUCAAGCCUGUUCAGAUAGGGCAAUCGAUCUUUCACGAUGACGGUACCGGAACUUUCAACCCUGCGCCAGAAGCACUCGACGAAGCGGUUAUCAAUGAAUGGCCCGGAAGAGAGAUAGGCUGCUUUGUGUCAGUCGGCACUGGAAGGAGACCAAAAAGCAGUGGCGCAAGCCAAGAGCAGUGGUAUGAAGGGUUCUUGGGAGAAUUUGCUGAAGCUCGCCGCCGGCUGAUAGCAAAAAUCGAGGGCUGUGAGACGAUACACGAAUACAUGAUGAAGGAGCAUCUCGGCAAGCGCAACGUCAACAUCGACAACUACUACCGCCUCAAUGUUGAGAUUGGAGUCGGCGAAUUUGGAAUGAAUGAGUGGCACAGGCUAGGAGAGAUCAGCACUGGAACCAGGAGAUACAUGGGCAAGCCUGAUGAGCAGCGCAUGGUCCAAGGCAUUAGCUCGAAACUCGCAAAGAUCCUGAAGGCCAGAAUUCGCUGGGAGCGAGCUCUUCUGCACCCAGAGGUUCCUCGCAUCAGGAGGCCCCCGUCCAUGACUUUCCGUAACGAAGACAAUGACAAGUUUGUUGUGACAGCACCGACGCCAGGUCAGUACCACACCGCGUCGGGCGCCGACAAAAUCGCCAUCAUGAGUCCAGACGAGCACCCGAGGCCUUCUCAGCCUCACCCAAUGAGUGCCUUUUCCCACCAGCGCAUGGAACCACCUCCUUUGCCCCCAAAGACGCCGCUACCUGACCACCAGCAAAAUGGCCGACGUCCCGUGCCAAAGCAGGAUCCUCCAUACCCAAUUUAUGAUGAGGCACCUCCGCCUGUCAACAUGGCACAGAAGCCUACGUACCGACGCUAG